GUUGCUUCGCGUUGUAGGAAACUUGUAGUACGAGGCUUUUUUUUUGGUCUGGUGGUGGUGAUGGGAUUAUGUUGUUAAUUGUAAAUUUGUACCAAUUAUUGGGUAUUAAGCUUAUCUAAGUGGGGCGUCUUAAAGGCUAUAUUUACCCUUUUUUUGGCCCUAUAACUGUAUACAGCUGGUCUUAAUCCCCACCUUCUGUUUCACUACGUGCAAGCUGUGAAACAGAAGCCCUUAGAGUAACGGUAGUGACCUUGCCAAUCUGAGCUUCCUCUGUACUUGUUUUUGAAAGGGUUCCGUGAAAGCAAAAGGUUCUAGGACUGGUUAGGUCCGCGGGUGAUUUCAGAGCACAGGUUAGGCGUUUUGGAUCUGGAGUCACCUUGAGUGCAUCUCAGGCAAAGAUCACAAGCAGUCUCUUUAAAAAGCAGUGGACUUACCUGGUCUUUCCUUUGGUAGAUUAAGCCCAGAGAAGUGGAUUUUUAAAUCAUAGACAUUGCUUUAAAUUUAUAGUGGCAAGAUAGUGACCACUGGAUCCCAGGUUUAUCUUAUGUGAAUGCUGACUCAGACCUGCUGACUUGUAGGAGUUAACAUCCUUGGAGAAUUACAGUUGCCUUCUCCGUAGUUUUUGUACAAAGACCUUUGUGCUGGGUUCACAACUGUGUCUUAUCCAUGUGGGCUAUAAAUUAUGGUGAGCAUUUAGAUUACACUGUUUUCUUUUACCAUAAAAGUUUGACACUUGGAGUUGCUUGAAAGUCAUCUUGAUUAACUUUGCCUCCUUAUGCUGACAUAGGUCGAGUGUUUUAGGUAGCAGGCAAUGUAAAAUUAUGGUAUAUAUAUGUUGCAAUAAAUUGGAGUGAAUUAUCCAUGUUAAAGAAUUUAAAUAUGUAGAUCAGUUUAGCAAAGAAAUUUAGUCAUGUUCAAGUAUAAAUAUACAAAAUUUUUAAUUUCAUCGCUACAGAAUACUCUGUACACUAUCCUUCCUUCUCCUGGCUAAAUUAAGAACCUGUUUACACUAUCUCCUUAUCUAGGAAGAAAUGAGAGGGAAAGCUUUAAAUCUGUAAAGUCCAGAAGGGUUUCAUUGCAUUCCUUUUCCCUAUGUCAAGGCCUAGUUUUAAAAAUCUGAGACCCUAAAUGUACAAUAAUGUUCUUUAAAUUCCUUAAAGUAGUUAAUUGCAGUGGUCAGUAAAUGACUGGCUGGGAGUUCCUCUGUGGUGCAGUGGGUUAAGGACCUGGCAUUGUCCCCACAGACAGUUGGGUUGCUGCCGUGGCGAAGGUUCAGUCCCUGGUCCCGGAACUUCCAUAUGCUGCAGGAAAUACAGUUAUCAAAGUUGACUCCUGAAGAGAGAACCUAACAGACCAUUAACAAUGGAAGAAAUUGAGAAAGUUAUCAAAAUGCCACCAUCCCCCAAAACACCAGGUCCAGAUGGCGUUUCAGGUUAAAAAAAUCCUUCAUGAAGAAGAAAGAUCUUAAGCAACAUGAUGGAUUCAGAAGCUCAUGAAAAGAGGCCACCGAUCCUAACAUCCUCAAAGCAAGAUAUAUCACCACAUAUUGCAAAUGUUAGUGAAAUGAAGCAUUAUUUGUGUGGCUGCUGUGCAGCUUUCAACAAUGUAGCAAUCACAUUUCCCAUUCAGAAGGUCCUCUUUCGGCAGCAGCUGUAUGGAAUCAAAACCCGGGAUGCAGUACUUCAGUUGAGGAGGGAUGGAUUUCGAAACUUGUACCGAGGAAUCCUUCCCCCAUUAAUGCAGAAGACAACUACGCUGGCACUUAUGUUUGGUCUCUAUGAGGAUUUAUCUUGCCUCCUCCGUAAGCAUAGCAGUACCCCUGAGUUUGCAACCCGUAGCAUGGCAGCAGUACUUGCAGGGACAACAGAAGCAAUUUUCACUCCAUUGGAAAGGGUUCAAACCUUGCUUCAAGACCACAAGCAUCAUGACAAAUUUACAAACACUUAUCAGGCUUUCAAAGCACUGAAAUGCCAUGGAAUUAGAGAGUAUUAUCGAGGCUUGGUUCCUGUUCUUUUUCGUAAUGGAUUCAGCAAUGUUCUUUUUUUUGGCCUUCGCGGUCCCAUCAAGGAGCACCUGCCUACGGCGACGACUCACAGUGCUCAUUUGGUCAAUGAUUUUAUUUGCGGAGGUCUGCUGGGUGCCAUGCUGGGCAUCUUGUUUUUUCCAGUUAAUGUUGUAAAAACUCGUAUGCAGUCUCAGAUUGGUGGGGAAUUUCAGUCUUUCCCCAAGGUUUUCCAAAAAAUCUGGCUGGAACGGGACAGGAAACUGACAAAUCUUUUCCGAGGUGCGCAUCUGAAUUACCAUCGCUCCCUCAUCUCUUGGGGCAUAAUUAAUGCGACUUACGAGUUCUUGUUAAAGAUUAUAUGAAAGAAAUCAGUUAAGUGCCAUUUGUCAACUGAAUAGACCUAACAAGAAUGCAGUUUGGCCUUGUUCAUAAUUGGCCAAGCACAAGUUGGUGUCCUAAGUCCAGGGCACAAUGAAUUAUGGGCAAAGCUGUUUUCCUUAAGCACCAACAAAUUCAGAAUAAAAGUUUCAGUAGGAAAACUUAAGGGUUUUUUUUUUUUUUUAAAAGGCAGAAUUCUGUUUAUAUUUUUUAAAUCAUUAUCUGAGAAUUUUAGGCUAAUUGCCUGGUUAAUAGCUGUCUAUCUAACAGCUUGAUGGCUUUUGACAAGGAAACUAACAGCCAAGAUAUGAUUCUUUUUUCCAAAAUCUUCUGUGAUGAAACAUCAGUGGCCAUAACCAGCCAGAGAAAAGGCUCUAAGGGUUCCAUGAAUUCUCAGGCUUAUUCCUGUUACUCCACUUCUUGCUUCUCUGCUCUUAGGAGGAGUUGCAAAAGAUAGUUUUUGUUAAGCAUAUAUGUGGUAGGACAAAGGAGCAGAAUAGAGACGAAAAGCAGCUUGUUAUAUGUAUGCUUUUUGUGAUAAAUUGCUUGUAUUCAUUUUGAAACUAAGCACCUGUGGGGAUGGUCAUUAUCCAGACUAUUUCUCUUUAGACACAGUAGACUCCUGCAGCUAAUGACAUCUCCUGUUUUGCUUUCUAGGGUUGAAAGUUUUCUCUCUAUUUCUGAAUGUGACUUGAAACCUUUCCGAAAUAUUUUUAUAUGAGCUUCACUUAUUUCAUUGCCAAAAGAUGGGGACUUAAAUUUUGUUAACGAUGUUUCUUCCCAUUAAGAAGUUUCAUAUUACAGGUACCCCUCCUUUCCCAGAGUUUCCUUUGUGCCAUUUCACCUUUACAAAAGACCUACAUUAGAACCCGUUUUCCCUAACCAAAAGACAUCUGAAGAGGAUUGUUUGUACAAAGAAAGGUGAUUGCUUCUUCAGUCUCUGCCAUUGCAGCUUACAAAAGUUUCCACAGGACUAUGGGGGAAAACCUGUAACUGUCCAUCCAACUCUGUUGAGCUCAGCUUCUUGGAAUUAUUGUUGCCAACUUUGAAAGUUCGAGGUUUUUUUUUUUCCUUUGAAUAGUAGUUUGUCACAUUUAAGUAUCCUGUACUCCUGAAACUCCUUUAAAACAACAACAGAAAUGCUUCCAUAAAAUUUAUUUUGGAAGCCUAUUAAUGGACCUCAGAUUUUUUUCCUGGUGUCUUAGUAUUCCAGGUAAGGGAAAAAACUCAGGCUAGCUUUUGUCUCACAGCGUUAGCUGUAUUUUUUUAUUUUACUCUUGGAAAUAGAGACUUCUGUUAGGAUUUUUAGAUUUGGAGAACCUAAUUUUACCAUUUUACCAUUUAAACACUAAGACGGUUUGAGAGGAUAAGACCUACAUAAAGAUAUUUGAAAGGUUAGUUGUAAAUCCUAGACGUUGGUGAUGGCUGCAAUAGCACACUUAGCUCUUACCUAACAGACAAACACUUACUUUGAAAGGAAUGAGAUUUUGAAAUAUUUUUUUCCAAGUAAGGCAGAAUGAGUCACACACCAAUUCGAGUCACUAGUACAACAUACGAGACAUCCUAGAAAAGCAUUUAUCAAUCUUUUAAAAAUCCACAUCUGUAAAUAUUAUAUAGUGAAGAUUUCUUUCCAGCAUCUGACAUGGGGCAGAGCACGUAGGUUUCUUAUUAUGUCUUUUAUUGUUCUGGGUAACUGCAUGUGAAUAUGUGCACAUGCUGACCAAAAUAAAAUCAGGGUCUCAGUUGGCAGUUUACUCAGUUUCUGGACAGGUAGUCCAAAAAAGAUGUUUACCUCUCAGUGCAGCGUGGCUGGCCAAAUGCCGUCAACAUCUCCUCCUGGCUGUCAUGGAUUAGGAGGCACUGUCCAGCGUUUGCCAGGUGGUAGCGAAGGGGGGUAGUUUUACGAAGGUUCUGUUUGAUGGUGUUUUGCUGGAAAUGGCAGUUUGUUCUAGAAACCACGGUGCAGAUGUAAGGAUUUGAGAAAACAAUCUAACACCAAAUAAAUGUGUGGCAUCCUUUGGCCUUGUGAAUAGAGUCAGGACUGAGUGGCAGAGACACUGUGGUGCCUGACCCCCUUGUUCACAUGUGUGUCUCCUGUCAUGGGCAUGUCUGGGUGCUCAACUUGUGGUGAGUGUUAGCCUGGAGUCAUGCCCUGACCCUGGGAGUGGACUCCACUGGCUUUUGGUUCCACAGGGCUUUCUUUUGUCUAUACACUCCAUAUAGGUGAUAGAAAUCUUAAGUUCUAAAGCACUUUUGUGACAUACUCUCAGUGAAGUGAGAAUUUGAAGGAUGCUUUGGUUUCUGCUGUCUCAAACAUGUGGCAUUUAAAAACAAUAAAUAUUUUUAAUGGUUUUUAACUCAUAAUAUUUUUGGAUUUCUUUGUCACUUUUUACAGUUUUGAAGACCAAACAGCAGAUACAUUACCAAGGAUGGUUUUGUGUUGUCCAGUAGGUUUCUUAAAUUUGACAAAAAACAAACAAAAAACUCAGUAGAACUUGUGGUAGCCAACAGCUUUGUCUCAACUUUAAGUCAAAAUGUGUUAUUAGUAAGAGAUUCUAACUAUUGUUUUUUACCCUCUGUGAACUAGUAUGGUAAUAAUUUUGAAAAGGCAAACAAAAUUGAGUAACUUUAUCUGAAAAGCUUUAAAAGUGGCCUUUCUGUUACACGUGUGGCACAGACAGCUGGUAAGUGCAGGGCACUUCUGGUCUUGCUUCCUAUGCUUCAUGUCUGAUGCUGCCAGAAAUAGGGAUUCUAUAUUCAACAUACUUAGAGUGGUAUGAGCCUUAGGACUGCACCACAGAGUAAACACAACCUCUAUAUGGUGGUAAAUGUUUGUGUCUUUGUUUCAUUUGUGAUUGGAGACAAAGUUGAUGUUUUUGUCUCCGUAGUCAGUAUCCAUCUUUAUGGCUGAUUAUAUAAUCUUCUGCUCUACAUGGUGAACUGUGCAAUAAGACAGGAUUGUGUAAAUAUAGUCAUCUUUGGAGACCUGAAAUUCCCUAGCUUGAUUACAGUGGUGAUACUCGGUUGUAAGCUGUACACACCUGUAAGAGAAUAAUGGGUGGUACUAGAGGGCUUCACAGCAAGCCAGUCACAUUGACCAACACGGCUUCAGUGUAGAUGACGUACUGUAGUGGGAGGGCUGUGCAGUCAAAAUGAAGGCGAGACAAGAGAUCACAUUUAAAGAAAAGGUAAGCACUCAGACUUGAUUUCUUUUGAAAUAAUCUUUGUUUUCUCAUGUGCUUAAAAAUGCAUAUCAAAGACUUGAAUAGGCAUUCUCCUUAAAUUUGAGGAUUUUUUGUUUUUAAUGCUGUCUUUUUGCCUAAUGUUGAAUAUUUGCUUGCCUAAAUGGCUCCCAAAUUGUGGGGGAGUCUCUACGUGUUUCCUUUUUUUAAGUUUCAUUAUUAAAAGUGAUUAAGCACACAAAACUGUCUUUCUUUGAUAUUUUGAGUUUUGUGACUAUAUGAGCUUAAAUGAAAUGUUAAUGUUUCAGAGUUAACGUGCUUCUUUCGGUAAUUUUGUUUGGAAUAAAGUUUUUUUUAAGUUCA